ACCGGGGUCGGGGGGUUCCCGGCGGGGCUCGGGGGCGCGCAGAUGGCGACGCAGGUGGAGGCGCUGCUGCCCGGCACGGCCCCGCUGCUGCCCGCCGAGGAGCGCGCCCUGGUGCUGAAGCCGCCGCAGGACGGCGGCCGGGAGAAGGGCGAGCCUCCCAUGGGCCCCGACGGCGGGCCGGCGGCGCCCAGGCCGCCCAGCGCCAAGCAGCAGAAGGAGGAGAGCAACAACCAGGAGAAGGAGAGCCUGCUGAGGGCCGGCGGCGAGGCGGAGGACGGCGGCGAGGCGGGCGGCGCGGGGCGCCGGGAGUUCAUCGAGGCCCCGCCGCCCAAGGUGAACCCCUGGACGAAGAACGCGCCGGCCGUGAACGGGCAGUCGCCUCCCGAUAUAUUUCCAGCUGAUGGCCAGUCUGAGCUUACAACUCCAGCGAAAGUGGUGAGGGCUGCCAACCCGAGACAGAGGAAAGGAAGCAAGGUUGGUGACUUUGGUGAUGCCACAAAUUGGCCAACACCUGGAGAAAUAGCCCACAAGAGUGUCCAGCAGCCACACAAAGCACCGGCCCUUCGGAAACUGCCUGUCAAGAAAGACAUGAAAGAGCAGGAAAAGGGAGAUGGGAGCGAUGGCAAAGAGAGCCUGAAAACCAAAUCUGAUGAGUCUGGGGAGGAGAAAAAUGGUGAUGAUGACAACCAGAAGUCAGCCCAGAAGAAGAAAGGCAACAAACACAAGUGGGUCCCUCUGCAGAUAGACAUGAAGUCAGAGGUGCCCAGGGACAAAACAGCCUCUCGGAACAACCGGCAGAACGAGCAGCACAGGCACCCCUCCAACAACCGCAGCGAGCUCAAAGGCUGGCACCCUGACAACAAGCACGAGCGCAGCUGGCAGGACCACGACGAGACCUCCAGCGUGAAGAGCGAGGGAGGCGCCGUGCGCGGAACCUUCCGGGGCCGGGGCCGCGGCCGGGGCAGGGGCAGGGGCCGUGGCAGAGGAGGGCACUUUGACUACCAGUAUGGGUACCGGAAAUUCGAGGGCUCGGACGGCUCCCGCACCCAGAAGUACGCCAGCAACAUCACCUACUACUUCGACAACAUCAGCAGUGCUGAGCUCUACAGUGUGGACCAGGAGCUGCUCAAGGACUACAUCAAGAGGCAGAUAGAAUAUUACUUCAGUGUGGACAACCUGGAGCGAGAUUUCUUCCUGCGGCGCAAGAUGGACUCGGAGGGUUUCCUGCCCAUCACGCUGAUCGCCAGCUUCCACCGUGUGCAGGCACUCACCACUGACAUCAGCCUCAUCAUCAAGGCUCUGAAGGACAGCAAGGUGGUGGAAAUCGUGGAUGAGAAGAUCAGGAGAAAAGAGCAGCCAGAAAAAUGGGCUCUGCCUGGCCCUCCUAUGGCAGACUACACACAGACAGACUUCUCACAGUUCAUCAAUUGCCCUGAGUUUGUGCCCCGGCAGAGCUUCCAGAAAGAGACUGAAUCUGCUCCAGGCUCCCCACGUCCUGCCAGCCCAGUCCCCACCAAAACAGAGGAGGUCAGUAACCUGAAGACAAUGCCCAAGGGCCUGUCCACAAGUCUGCCAGACCUGGAUUCAGAGACGUGGAUUGAAGUGAAGAAGAGACCCCGACCUUCCCCAGCCAGGCCCAAGAAACCAGAGGAGUCAAAGACACCACAGCAGCAGAAGCAAAAGGACCAAGAUGAACCCGAGGAGCUCGACUUCCUGUUCGAUGAGGAGAUGGAGCAGAUGGACGGGCGCAAGAACACCUUCACUGACUGGUCAGACGAGGACUCGGAUUACGAGAUCGACGACCGCGACGUGAACAAGAUCCUCAUCGUGACCCAGACCCCCCCGUACCUGCGCCGCCACCCCGGCGGGGACAGGACUGGCAACCACACCUCCAGGGCUAAAAUGAGCUCAGAGCUGGCCAAGGUGAUCAAUGAUGGGCUUUACUACUAUGAGCAGGACCUGUGGACUGAGCAGUUUGAGCCAGAGUAUUCGCAGAUCAAGCAAGAGGUGGAGAACUUCAAGAAGGUGAAUAUGAUCAGCAGGGAGCAGUUUGACACCCUGACCCCAGAGCCCCCCGUGGAUCCAAACCAGGAAGUCCCUCCUGGUCCCCCCAGGUUCCAGCAAGUACCUACAGACGCUUUGGCCAACAAGCUCUUCGGAGUCCCUGAGCCUUCCACCAUCGCCCGAUCUUUGCCCACGACCGUCCCAGAAUCGCCCAACUACCGCAACGCCCGCACGCCGCGCACGCCGCGCACGCCGCAGCUCAAGGACCCCACGCAGACGCCCCGCUUCUACCCCGUGGUGAAGGAGGGCAGGACGAUAGAUGCCAAGACUCCGCGGAAGAGGAAGACGAGGCACAGUUCAAACCCUCCGAUGGAGUGCCACGUGGGCUGGGUUAUGGACUCCAGGGAGCACAGGCCCAGGACUGCCUCCAUCAGCUCCAGCCCCUCGGAGGGGACCCCGGCUGUCGGGAGCUAUGGCUGCACCCCGCAGUCCCUGCCCAAGUUCCAGCAUCCCUCCCACGAGCUGCUCAAGGAGAACGGCUUCACACAACACGUCUACCACAAGUACCGGCGGCGCUGCCUUAAUGAGCGAAAGCGACUGGGCAUUGGUCAGUCCCAGGAGAUGAACACGCUUUUCCGGUUCUGGUCCUUCUUCCUCCGAGAUCACUUCAACAAGAAAAUGUAUGAGGAGUUCAAGCAACUGGCUGUGGAGGAUGGGAAGGAGGGAUACAGGUACGGUCUGGAGUGCCUUUUCAGAUACUACAGCUACGGCCUGGAGAAGAAAUUCCGGCCAGACAUAUUUAAGGACUUCCAAGAAGAGACCAUCAAGGAUUACGAAGCUGGGCAGCUCUAUGGGCUGGAAAAGUUCUGGGCCUUCUUAAAAUAUUCCAAAGCCAAAAAUCUGGACAUUAACAGCAAACUGCAAGAAUACCUCAGCAAGUUCAAGCGCCUCGAGGACUUCCGAGUAGAUCCACCCAUGGGGGAGGAAGGUGGACACAAGAGAUACCCUACGACGUCAGGGGGAGAUGGCAGGAAGCGCUACCCAUCCCAGUCUUCCAGCAAAACGGUCAGCCAGUGCCCAUCCAGCCAAGCCCACGCCUCACCCAGCCAGCCUGCACAAGAGGAUGCCAAAAACCUGAGCCAGCAAUCCCCUGCCCCAUCAGCUGCAGAGUCGCAGACAGUGGGGAAGUAGAGAGGCUGCAGCUUCCUGCCGGGGGUAGGGUGGGGUGGUGGGAAUGGCUCGGAGAAGGGCAGACAUGAGGGGGUGGGACAGGAAGGGAGCUGAAGGUGGGGUCCCAGGAAUAGGCUGCUUGGGAGAAACUUCAACGCACACGAUUUUCUUCUCUUGUGGCUGGAAAGCAAAGACGAUCUGCAUCCAAAACACCAUUUUGCUAUUACUACCCUGACCAGAGCCAGACCCGCUCCCAGCAGACCCAACCUUUUUCCCUUCUCUCUCCUCCUGUGCACACACUCAUGUCUUAGUGUCUCUUCAAAAAAAAAAAACAAAUGUGUUCUGGCUGGGUUGGAAAUGGGAGAUUUUUUUAUUAUUAUAUAUAUAUAUCAAGUUUUAAAUUAUUGCUAGAAGUUCGUCUGGAUUUACCAAAACAAGUCUGCUCUGUGUGGCCCCAACGAGUCCCCUGUGUGUCCCCCUGGGAUGGAUGGCGGGGCAGCCGCUCAGGAAGCUCGGAGGAGCGAGGUUUCCCCCCAGUGGGGGACCGAAGCCACAGCGUGUGCCGAUGCUGCUGCGGAGCCUCUGACCUCCAUGACCCGGCUGGCGCCUCCCGUUCCUUCCCCGUGCGCCGGGGCCUCUCCAACGCCGCCUCCGCCCAGGAGCAUCGCCCUCCUCGUUCUCCUGCUCCCUUCUCCCCAGCGUCUUCAUCUUCCCGAGGGUCUGGCUCUCCCUCUGUCCACCUCUCCCUUCUGUCACGGACAAUUUGGAAGUCAACCAAAGGACCUUUGCCGAGGAUAGGCUCGUUGUGACUCCUUCCUGCGAGGAUGGCUGGUUGGGAGGCUGGCAGGCACCUGGACUCGAGCCUGUGUGGACGGUGCACCCGCUGCCCCAGGAAUGCCCAUCGCUUGCAAAGACAGGACUUUGCUGAAGGAGCUUUUCUCUUCCUUUUCCCUUGGAAAAAAAUGACAUAAAAAAAAAAAAAACAACCGACCCACAAACCCCUCUAAAACAACAACAGAAAAACUCUUUAAAAAAAAGACACAUCUCCCUUUGCUUUCUUCCUUGGAAAUAUUACUGAAGAAAAAAAAGAAAAAAAAAAAACAAACAAAAAAACCCCAAAAACACACAAAAAAAAGUUGCCUUAUGGUGGAGCUGGACUGGGGAGGCUUGUUGGCUUCCUGCACCCUGGGGUGCACUGGGCUCUUGGCUCCCCCAGGCCCAGAGACUCCUCCCGGCAUUGCUGCCGAGCUGAUCUUCCCUGCGGCCUUUCCUCUGACCCCGCAGCUCGCUCGGAGGCCUCCCCUGCCAUGGAGCCUCCCUGCCAGGCCUGAGGCUCCUGGGGCAGGGGCUGAGGCAGUCACAUCCAGGACUCUGCUCCUCUGUGUCGGUGCCGUGGCAGCCUUGUUCCCACCACAGCGACUGUUCUGUCAUGGCCUUGCUCACACCCCCCAGCCCUCCCUGGGCAGGAGGUGCCUCUGCUCCUGUCUGUGCUUCCAGCGUGGCUGGGGGGUGAGCAGGGAGCUUGUCCCAGCAGCUGGGGGCACUGCUCCUGGCUGUGAGCGAGGGCUGCUUCUGCUGUGCCUGACAGGGAGUGGGGCAGCCCUGGGAAUGCUGUCCCACAGCGGCCACUGGCUCAGGGCUGCUGCUGGGAUUUGUGCAGGGGUGAGCAGGGCCCUGCCUGGCACAGGAGAGCUCUUGCCUGGGUUUCCUUGUGUGUUGUGUUGUGGCAGCGCCUGCGUGGAGUCUCCCACUCAGGGCACAGCCCCUGUGCUUUUCCAAGGGCUGAGAUGACACCGUGUAGCUCCUUACUCAGCUGAGGCAGGGGGUGACUGCAGAGCUGCUGUGGCAUUUACUUGAUUCAUCCUUACCCAGCACCAGGUGGACUCUGGCUGUGAGCUGGAUCCUUUGUGAGGGGCGUGUGUCAGGUGUGAGAUCUCAGAGAUGUCCAGUGCUAUCUCUGGAGAUGCUCCAGGGGUAGCACUGGAAAGUUGUGUCCCUUUCCAGCCAGAUCUGCUUGCCUUGCUGCCACCCUGCUCCUUCUGCUGGGUCCCUGGGAUACCAGGCUUGGCUGUGGCUCAGGCUCCAUCCCUGUGAGCUCCAGAGCUGUGCUCCUGUGUGCAGUGUGAAUGCACCACUCCAAGGGUGCAGCUCAGUGUGUUGCCCUUUCUGCAAAGUCACAAGCCGGUACUGAGCAGUUUUCCCAAGGGAUCCAGUUGAUCCAGAGCUGUGUCUCUCAGCUGGGAGCAGUCAUCAUCUCUCCAGGGCUGUCCCUUUGUGGCUGCAGGGUGGGUGGGUGGGAGCAGCCAGGAGCUGAGAGCAGGAGCAAGGGGGGAGCACAGCCAGGCUGUCCAUCAGGGCUGUGGGGCCCUGGCUGAGGCCAUCCCUUCCCAAACUGACCCUGCCUCCAGGAUCCUGCCUGUGGGGGCAGGUGGGCUGGUCUGACUGGAGUGGCUUUACAAACUGCUGCUAGGAUUGAAAGCACAGCUGGUUUGAGAGGCUGGGGAGCUGCUGCUUGGCUGUUCCCUGGUGCUGUGAUCCUGCCCUGGUCUGUCCAGCCCUGCCAUGUCACCCUGCAGCUGGUAGCACUCCCAGGCCUGAGUGCAGCUGGCCAGCCCACCCAAGGCCGUGCAUCUCGGUUAUGGCAGCAGUGCUCUGGGGUUGUGGGGUGGGAACUGGGCAAGAUGGGCAAAAGUAACACUUGUACAGUGCUGUGGCCGUGACUGUUAUCUCUGCAUUUCCCCUCUUGUGAGCUGGAGUCAGAUCUCUGAGGUUCCAUUUAUAGGUGGUUUGUCCCAGAUUUUUGAGGAGGAGGCUGGAGAGUCGAUCAAGGACAUUGUAGAUGUGUUGCUGGUUGUUUGCAAGUGGAGGCAGGUCUGGAUGUGCCACAGGUGAUCCUUGCUGCUGUGUCUGUGCUCCUUUCAUUGGCGUGUGUGCGUGGCUCUCCUGAAGCCAACUGUCUGCAUUUCAGCAACAAAUUCAUAGGAAAUGGGGAGGGAUGAGCUGCUGCUAUGGAGUUGUUGCUUGUAGAGCAGACUGUGGAAUUGCUUGGGUUGUAGAAGAGGUAGGACAUUUCCCAGAGAAUUUCCCAAAAUUUUGAUUUUAAAUAAUUUUAGAUUUCUGAUUCUGAGGAUCUAGUCUUGGCAUGGAAGUGUUUUCCCUUCCCCUUCUGCCAAGUCAGUGGUUUGUCACACUGGUGUGUGCACCUAGGGGAAGGUGGGUCAGAAGAGCAAUCCCAGUGGUCCCAGUGCCCUCCAGGUUUGUGGACCGUGUGCCUUGUUUUGCUGUCAUGGGACAGCAGUGCAGGACAGCAGAGAUGGAUGUGACAGCCUGAGGCAGCUGCUGCUGGCUCAGCCCUGUGUUCCUGCAGGGAAGGGGGCACAGAACUGUUCCCUCCUGCUCCGUGCCAGGGUGGGGGCAGCAGAGGGCAGGGAGCUCCCCGGGUGUGUGUGGUCUGUGCCCAGCUGGGUCACGAGUGGCCACAGCCAGGCUCAUGUCCCCACUGGCUAAAGGGACAGCUCUCCAGAGGGGGUUUGCAUUUGAGGAAGCUCUUGCCCUUCUGCAGAGGAGGGAGUUAGGCCUUGCUUUUAGUUUGAAUGCCUCACCUCCACCAUGUGUUGUACUUUUUUGAAUUUUAGAGGACUGAGUGGUUGCACACGUGCUCCUGUGAGUGCUGAUGGAGCUGCAUGGUGCUGGUGUCCAGCCACUGGCAGAGCCUGGGGGGAGCCCCAGCUGCUUUUGGAAAGGCUGAGGGAGGCUGGGUCAGGGGAGCCUUCCUCAUCCUGCCCCUCUUCUCAGGAGUUCCUCCUUGCCGAGGUUAACUUGUCUGAAUGCAGGUGGCUGCAACAGGUACAGAGCUGUGGUGUGGGGUCAGAGUGGAGGUGGAAGGUGUUUUUUUGAGGAGGCUUUGUUGCUUUGCCGUGCUCAUUUGGGAAAAAAAUUUAAAAGUAAUGAUGCUGCUGCUCUGGUUUUGCCUGUCCAUCUCUUCUGCUGCCCCCCUGGCACCUCUGAUGGCACCUUCUCACUGUAGCCCGUGGGGUCCCUGAGUUUUGGCACCUGCUGGGGACUGAUUGUUGUACUGUAACAAAGUGAUGUGUUUAACCUCAGUGUCCUGCCACGUUCCACGUGGCAGUGCAGAGGGGGCCUUCUAGCUGUUAAUGCCUUCCCAGUUAUUUUAUCAAAAGGAAAAAAAAAAAACAAAAAACAAAAAAAAAAAAAGGAAAACUGUAAAUGUAGCAAGCUGUGUUUGCAAUGCUUAUUGUCUCCUGUCUCUGAGGCUGGUUAUGUCACUUGUCACUGUUUGAAAUGGAUGCUGGGCUCUUCCUGAGAGGGUUGUUACACUUAAUGUUAAAUGCCUCACUGACUUUUUUUAAAGAUUCCAAUACAGGUAACAGAUGAAAUAGUUUCUUUCCUUUUUCUAAGCAAACGUUCAUCUCGGUGGUGUGGAGUGGGUGGCUGGAGGGCAGCAUUUCCAGGAGUAGUUUACAGUUUCACUUUCUGCAGACACUUGAACAUAGGACCGAUGUAUCUGUGACAAGCACAUCCCCUUGGUGGGAAGCUCCAGAGGAGCAGGGGGUGCCCUGGGUGCCAGCUGGGCUCCCUCCAGCUCCCCACGCUGCCCUCCUGCUCUCUCCCCAGGUGUCAGCCCUGUGCCAGGGUGGCUUGUGCCAGUGGUGCCCCUCCUGGGAGGGGGUGCUUGGCACCACUGGGUCUCUCAAGCCUCCCUGGUGCAGCCCUGCUCCCUGUCUUCCCCCCCCAGCCUGUCCUGGUCCCACUGGGCUUGGAAACCUUUGGAUGUGUGGCUCAGAGGCACCCACUGAGCUGCAUCCCAGCGAGUGCAGCCUUCUGCUCGUUCGCCUGGAGCUAAAGGGGUGAUGGUUCCAUGUGCUGGCCCUUCUCAAACCCUGUGUGUCCAACCUCAGCCUUCUGUUUCCCAAAACUAGAGAGUGUGUGCAACCUUCUUCAGCUGCAUUUAUAGUAGAGACAAACUUAAAAUGACUCAUCACAGACCAUGUAUCACCUGGGAGGAAAAUCUUGUUAAUACGGCCUGCUGUACAUGAUCCAUCUCUGUCGAUAGUACAUAAUCUUUGACCCAUGUGCUAGGAUCAUCAUCACGUAUAAAAGGAACAGAGAAAAAUGUAAAAUACUUGAAUGAGAGCUUGUAUUAUAACAUUAAUAUUAUUCAGAGUAUCUGCUUUCUAGGCUGAUGUGAUUCAUUAUUCUAGUAAUGCUUUAGUCCUUUGUAAUUUGUGGUAAUUAUGCUUUUUCCUUUUUAAUACAAAAAAAAUGUAUAAAAAUAAAAAGCUCAAAAGACA